CUUGAAGAGUCAAUGUUUCCAGACUUUCAAGUGAAACCUAGUGGUCCCUCUGUGACUUUAUUUGUGUUUCAUUUUGAGAAGGAUAGAGAUUAAAAAAGAAAAUGAAAAAUAUUUCAGAAACAAGUCAACAAAAGCAGAGGAAGAAUACUUUUUCUCUCAAAAUGGAAUGAAAUGCAGCAUUGUUUCAAAGCUUCUCCUGCAGGCAAUGUGUUAAAGGGACCAGGCUCUCAGAGACCAGAAUGAGGGACGGUUUAAAGAAUGGAAUUCCAAGCCCUGGGUAUGAAGAACUGUCUGAGAACAACGUAACUGUGGGAGGAAGAUAUCAAAACCGAAGUGACGAGACUGAUGAAACUGAUAUAAAUAAUCCAUCACCAUCCACACUUCCUAACAGCAGUUUUGAUAUGAUCUACAAAAUAGAAGAUGUUCCUCCUUGGUAUCUUUGCAUUUUGCUUGGAUUUCAGCACUACUUGACCUGCUUUAGUGGAACCAUAGCUGUACCCUUUCUGCUGGCUGAAUCACUCUGUGUUGGUAAAGAUCAGCAUACUGUCAGUCAGCUGAUUGGUACCAUCUUCACUUGUGUUGGAAUUACUACACUUAUUCAGACAACUUUUGGAUGCAGGCUUCCCUUAUUUCAAGCAAGUGCCCUAGCGUUUCUUGUUCCUGCCAGAGCUAUUCUUGCUCUAGACAAAUGGAAGUGUCCAACUGAAGAGGAGAUUUAUGGAAAUUGGACCUUGCCAUUCAACACAACUCACAUAUGGCAUCCAAGGAUAAGAGAAAUACAAGGUGCAAUUAUCACAUCCAGCCUGGCUGAAGUGCUGAUUGGUUUCUUGGGCCUUCCUGGUGCACUCUUGAGUUACAUAGGACCACUCACUGUUACCCCUACGGUCUCCCUGAUAGGAUUGUCUGUGUUCCAGGCAGCUGGAGAGAGAGCUGGGUCGCACUGGGGCAUUUCCAUGUUAACUAUUUUUUUGAUUAUACUCUUUGCCCAGUACCUGCGUGAUGUGAAUUUCAUAGUACCUGCUUUUAGACGUGGAAAGGGAUGUACAACAGCAAAGAUACAAGUUUUCAAAAUGUUUCCGAUUAUAAUGGCCAUCAUGGUUGUAUGGCUAAUUUGUUAUCUAUUAACUCUCACUGAUGUAUUUCCAAAAAAUCCUGAACAGUAUGGAUUCAAAGCACGAACAGAUGCUAGAGGUGAAAUAAUGUCAACAGCACCCUGGUUCCGUAUGCCAUAUCCUUGUCAAUGGGGUUUACCCACAAUCACAGCAGCGGGAGUGCUGGGAAUGUUCAGUGCAACGUUAGCAGGUAUUAUUGAAUCGAUAGGUGACUAUUAUGCCUGUGCUAGGUUAGCUGGAGCUCCACCUCCACCGAUCCAUGCCUUAAACAGAGGGAUCUUCACUGAAGGAGUAUCAUGUAUCAUUGCAGGAUUAUUUGGUACAGGAAACGGUUCUACAUCAUCCAGCCCAAACAUUGGGGUCCUUGGGAUUACAAAGGUUGGUAGCAGACGAGUGGUUCAGUAUGGUGCAAUAAUUAUGUUGGUCUUGGGGACUGUGGGAAAGUUCACCGCCCUGUUUGCCUCACUCCCAGAUCCCAUCCUUGGUGGCAUGUUUUGCACUUUAUUCGGAAUGAUCACAGCUGUUGGACUUUCCAACCUUCAGUUUGUAGAUAUGAAUUCCUCCCGCAAUCUCUUUAUUUUGGGAUUCUCCAUGUUUUUUGGCAUAACAUUACCAAGUUAUUUGGAUGAAAACCCAAAUGCCAUUGAUACAGGUAUUCCAGAAGUUAAUCAGGUUUUGACUGUCUUGUUGACAACAGAAAUGUUUGUUGGAGGUUGCCUUGCUUUCAUAUUAGAUAACACCAUUCCAGGUACAGAGAAGGAGCGUGGACUUAUACAAUGGAAAGAAGGAGCACUUGCAAACUCUGGCACAUGUGUAGAUGUGAAAACAUAUGACUUUCCAUUUGGAAUGACCCAAUUGAAGCAAGUUCAGUGUUUACGGUACAUCCCAAUUUGUCCAGUUUUUAAAGGGUAUUAUUCAAAGAAGAAGCACAAUCUUGACUUGACUGAAAGCAUGAAAGGAAAUAGUGACCACUUUGUUGUAUGCACCAGAGUAUAAUGGGACUUGGUAGGAAAUAUUACGCACCUUGAUAUGCUGGUCUUUUCACUGCAAACCCCACUGUGGCACUACCGGCAAAGCAGCCUUUGCAUCACUUACACAUUGUAAAUUUUCAAUUGACUCUUUGAUCAAAUGAAAAGUCGGUAAUUUUGCACAUUUGUUAAUUAAUAGCAUUUAAUUGAUUUAACUUAAAAGUGCAGAUUAAAACAUCUAGUUGUUUAAAUGAGAAUAGUGGAAUAUUACUAAGGUUUUGAAGUCUUAUGUUCUCUGUUAAGUACGUCAAAUAAAAAGCUACUUUUCUUAUUAGGCCACUGAAGAUUCAUAACAGCUGAUUUCAGAUAAAAAUGAAAUUAAGCCCUCUUUUCAUGUCAGAUUACUUUUUUGGAUUUUGGAUUGUUUUAUUAAAUUCAAUUUGUAUCAAGUCACUAAUUAUGGUUUGAAAGAUUUGACAGGCAUAUAUGACAGCUAUAUUUUCAUCAUGCUUAAGAAUUUUAUUACCAAAUAAUUUUAUGCAGUAGUAUGUCUAAGAAUGUUUUAAGAAAGAUGGCUUAAUUUGGUAAAAAUCAGGUAGUACAUCAGAUCAACAAAACUUACAGCCAUCUAUUUCAGAGACUUCUAUUCUUGAAUAAAAUAUUGUUAAGUAUUUGUAGAUUUAAAGAAUAUUUCUCCUUUUUUUUAAGAGUGUUGUCUGUGUUUCAGGAGUUCCCAAACUUUUUUAAUGCCGUGGACCAAGGUUGAGAACCCUUACAAGUCGCUCAUUAAAUAAAUUUUCAGUGCUUGUAUGUAUCACUGUAUUUAGAAGUGUUAAGUUGUACUUUCAGAAGUAAUUGGUUUUAUACUUCAGUUUAUAAUGUUCCCUUCCAAAUUGUUCUAUAUUGUUUGGAAAAACUUCCUGUUCUGUAAAUAUUUUAUUAAUGCUAGGGAUCAAAAAGUUUGCAUUUGAUGACACCAGACUGUGCAGUCACUGCAUUUGACCUAUUCUGCCAGUUGGAUAAACACAAAUCAUUUCCAGCAUAAUGGUAAUGAAAUAUUCUUCACUUUGCUGCUGGUUAUCUGCUUUAAGAAAGGCUGCAAUACUCAUUUUAUACCCUUACAUAAUUUUGUGCUUCAUUGCAAUGGGAGCUCUACAACACAAUUUGCAACUUUCAGCAGUAAGCAAGUGUUGGAAGUUUUUUUGAUAACCUUCCACAUUCAUCUUGCAUUCUGCCAAGAAUGUGGGUUUGGGAAUUUUACAAGAUUUACAGUAUAUUAGCUGUGAGUUUGGUAAGAGACCACAGAAGAGUCAGCAUCUUGCCAUUGAUUUGAUUGAUGCAAUAUGAAACAAGAUACAGGUUGAAUUUAUGUCAUUUAUGUAGAAAUUUGAGUGAUAAGAAUGGAAUUCGAUUAUGCAAUCUAAUAAACAUUUUUUCCUUCCUACACACAAAGCAUGCAAUUGACCCAGCUUUUUGACAUUUUCAUACAUAACUGCUGUAUGUUUUAAGGAUUCUGUAUUUGAGCUAGAGCUGAUUUUAUGUAUAAAUCACCAAUUCACUUGAUUUGGUUUAGCCUUAGAUUGUUUUGAUGUAUACUUCUGAAAGGUUGACAUCAGAUUUACAAAUCAUUUAAAAUAGAACUAAACAAUGUUCUGGCUGCUCUUUCUGGAUAACUACAUUCUUUUGAUGCAUCUCAUUACAGAUUAAGUUUAAUUGAUUAAGGUUAUUGUAAGGCCUUGUGUGUUCUAUUGUUUAUGUUUUAGAUUACUUGGACUGUCAAAUCAUGAUAUAUAGAAUGAACUUAAUAGUUGGUAUUCACAGUUCUUAAUGAUGUAACAUGCCAAACCAUUUAAACCAAUUUUAAUAUUUCUGAGAGCAAAUACAUUUUUUUUUCUUUUUUGUUGGUGAGCUAUCUAUCAACAGACUCUUGUGCUCAUGCUCACUCUGGCAGGCUGCAUAACCGGGGAAGUAGGUUUUUAAACGAUGCUGGGACAAGAGAUCAAACAAGGAAGCUGUAGUAAAUCAAAAACCAGAAACAAAGCUAGAGAUGAAGGAAUUAACACUGGUAAUGAUAAACAGCUUGUGCUGGGAAGGGACAGCAUAAAAAUCUAAGAAUGAGUUGGCAGGUAAAACAAGAGGUUAUAAAAAUGACAAAAAUCUCUUAAAGGAUACAUGGUGCUUCAAGACAGGAAAAUGGUAGCAGGUGGAGGAAUAACUCUUUUAAUUGAAGAUACUCCCUACACAAGAGGAGUGACCUAAAUUCAGGAAAUCAGAUGUAGACACAGCUUGGAGGAGGUGAUAAACAAAAGCAAGAAGUCACAUGAGAGAAGAGUAAUGUUCCCUUAACAAUAACUAUCCUACAGUUUGAGCAUAAAGGAAGGAAUAAUGGGAGCUUGUCUGGAAAGUAUGUUGAUAACUGUAGGAGUUUUAAGCUACAUAUAGUUAAAAAUAUAUUGGCCAAGGACAGCCUAAGUGAGGAGUUUAUAAAGUGUUUCUUGGAACUGCACUUCCUGGAGACAACAGAGAGUGCUAUAUUGCAGAACACAAUGUACUAGAAUUAAUUGAAGACCUUCCAGUGAAGUUACCCCUAGAUAGCAGCAAUCACAAUAGCAAUGAAUUUUUGCUUUCAGUUUCAGGGAGAGAAGAGUGGAUCUAAGUGAAAUAUUUUAAACUCUUUAGGUAGCUUUGAGAUUGUGAAAGCUAAAGUAAAAUGGCACACUUAGGUUAAGGGGCUGAUCAAUCAACAUAGAGUUACAUUUUUCAGAAUACACAGAAAAAAUACACUUGAAUGAGAGAAAUUCUGGGAUGAUGACGGAGGCAGAAACCGAUUAGCUAUAUAAAAUAAAACUGAUGUAAAACUGAAAGGACCAUAUGAAUGCAGAUGGCAUGCCGGCAGAUAAGACAGAGCUCUUUAUUUAUAAAACACAAAGAUGAUUGAUUGGAGGAUAAGCUAAAAUAUAAAUUAUGAAUCAAAGCUAGCCAAAAGCAGUAAAAUAUUUUGUCAAAUUAUGAAGGGAUAAUCAGGAAAAUUAGUCAAAGUACAAAUUGCUGGACCCCUGGCUGGCAAAUCUUUGGGUCCUGAUGGACAUGAAACUUGGGUCUUAAGUAGCUGGUGAGUUACCUGGUACAUUGUUUUUAAUUUUUUUCAAUUCCCUUAAUUGGAAGAAGUUGGAAAAGGCAAGUGUUGGUAUUCAAAAAUUAUGUAGGACCUGCUGUUCCCCUUAGUGUAACUUCUUUCACAGGAAGUGCUAGAAGUUCUUAAGGAUGUCAUGGAGGGCACAGAAAUGUCCAGGGUAAACUGGUAAAGGCAAUAUAGUGGAUUCAGAUUAAUUAGGACACAUCAGGACCAAUACAUUUUGGCCCAAUUAAGCAGCUACCCCAAAUGGCCGAAGUUUCAUGGAAAGACAUUCAAAUUCUUCGUAACUUCUAACUUGUUAAAAUAGUAAAAUCACUUCAUGUUUGUGCCUGGCCUCUUCUGGCAUCUCCACACAUGAAUGCUUAAAACUGUGGUGAGCAAACCAGUUCUGAGUUGUCUUCCUGCUAAUUUCUCACUAACUCAGUUUCAUAAAUGAUUAGCACAUGCAACCGACACUGUUUAAAAACUGAGCCCUCUGAACACGGUAUAGUGUCUAAUGGCAAUAGAAGUACAUGCAACUGACGUUAGUUAGAAACUAUUCACACCAAUCUCCUGUCCCAAGUAAGUGGCAAUGUGUCCCAAAUAACUGAAGGAAAUCCUGGCCAUUUUCUCAAUUUAGCUUUUGUUCUUUAAGAGAUGUCCCAAAUAAGCAACAGUUGUAAUUAACUGAUGGCCCAAUAAACCAACAUCUACUGUACAGUUUGCCAAAGAGAAAUCAUUUUUGAUCAAUGUACUGGAAUUCUUUUGAAAUAAUUCAAGAUUGUUUAAUAUCAUCCCCCAUACACAAGUGUAAGGAGAACCUAAUAGCCAUUCUAGAUCUGAUGCAGCACAAAAAAGGAACAAAAGAUAAGGAAUACAAUAAUAAUAUAAACACACAAUAAAUAUAAAUACAUAAGAUAGACAUUGAUUCUAUGUCUAUAAGAGAUGGGAAAUAAUACAGUAAUGUUGGAGUUAGUGGGAGGAGGUGUUGAUCAGCCUUUCUGCUUGAGGAGAGUAACUGUUUCUGAGUCUGGUGGUUCUAGCUGGAGGCGAUGUAGCCACCUCCCCAAUGGAACCGGGACAACAGUCCAUGAGGAGGUGAUAUGCUGGUUGACGUAUGCCAUUCAGGUACUUCUUAUAUAUAAACCAAAAUGAAAUAUGUAAACAGUAAAUGCUUAACCAUAUAUGUUUACAAUAUUACUCAAAUACUACUGAAAAUUGAGUACACUACACUUCUCACUGCUUUGCUAUAAACUCCAACUCAAUACAGAAGGCAACUCAAUUCAAAUAUGUGACAUUUUGCCCUUUAGUUCUCUUAUAUGCACCAUAUACUAUUUAAUACAACUACCUUAUAGGCAUGCACAACAUAAUAAAUUUUUCAUUGUCCCUGUGGAGGAUUUCUUACUGUUUUGUGAUAACAUUUUUCCUGAGGGGUGGUGGUGGUUACUACUAGAGUGAGUUUUUUGGGUAGAUGAUUUGUUUACACUUAAAUAGCUUUGGCCACCAGACUUCUAUUUGAUAAAGUACUGUGGAUUGAGUCCACAACAAUGCGCUUCCUAAAAAGGUGUGAAUUCCAGGUGCUUCUGGCACCGUAGUUUGACCUGAUGCUUAAGUUCCGAAGACAGUAUUAUCUAUACAUUAUAAAUACUAAUUGUCUUCUAUGUUAGCACGUAAAAUGCCAAAUAACUGUAUUGUGGAUUUAACUUGCAUUCCAGACAUGUUGGCAUUGGAAGGAAAAGGAUGAAUUCAGAAGGUGUGAUGUUUGUAUGUAGCUUCAAAAGGAAGCAUUGUCUAUAACUUUUUAAGUAGCCAUUGCCUUUGUGUUUAGCAUAUAAAUAUCGAGCCCACAUUGGGCUAGCAGACCUUUCUACUGAAAGUGUCUCCGUCCUUAUGAUGCCUGCUGUAGCUUGUUGUGUCGAAUAAAGAAGCUGCUUUGUAUCU